UCAUUUCCGCCUCUCAAACUGCACGCGCGAGCUCGCAUCUAUUUUUAUGCUGAUAAGGCUGCUGGUGGUGGUGGUGGUGUGAGGCUGGUGCACGUCGCUGCUGGUGUACGUCGCGGCGUGUUACAACACCCAGCAUCGCUGUCGUCGAGUGACAGAAGGCGGGACUGACUGUGUGUCUCAUCUGUCUGUCGGUCUGUCUGUCCGUGCGCCCACUACCACGACCGCACUCUAGUCGCUGGCUUGUAUCGCAUGAAUGGCUACUUUUUAAAUUUUUUUCUCUCCUGACCUUGCACUGUGAACCACUUACCGGCUGGUGAACAAACUUUGUGUACAGCGCGUACAGUCGUUGGUGUAGCUGUUACCGAGAACUACAAAGACGAGGGCGAAGUGGUGUUACCCUGGUGUUAACUAUGUCUGCCUCAUGUCAGAGGCUGAGUUGCGAGGAUGUUUGUGAAGUUCAGUGUCGGGAUUGUAAAACUUCGACAGAACUUCCGUGGGUGUUGUUAAACAUGGAGCAGCUGAUUCAACAAGUCGGUGCAGGGCUCGUGACGUUGCUCAGGAGUGAGUAAACUGUUCAGGACUAUGUUUCGCCAACAUCGGAAAGAGGCAGGACAACUGAGAGGAUCUUGGGAAGAUCGUGGUUGUUAAAACUUCGAUACCACACUUGAGCUAUUAAUAACAUUUUACAUUUAUUUUAUGCUGUUUCAGCUGUAUUUUGGGAACUAAAUAAUGUUGGAAAAAGUGAACUAUCGAAAAAGAGGAGUUCCGAUUUUUCUCCAGAAAGUCGUUUUAAAAAUCAUCAGAAAGCUGAAAGAAGAAGUGCAAAGGGACAUUUUCUCUUGCCAGUUAAGACGAGACAGAAACCAAAAGUGAAAUAAGGAGGAAAAUGAAAAGGUAGUUGGAAAUGGAAACUAGUUCUGUUUAAAAAAUACCAUGUGAUACUAAACCUUUUAACCGAGUUGAGUAGGUAGAGGGAUCCAUCCAACAUCACCCACUGGAGAAAACCUUUGUUUCAUCUUCAGAGACGUUAGAUUACUAAUUCAUUGAUUUCUCGCUGUCCUGGUUAUCACUCAACAGAACAAUGCCUCGAUUCAAGAUGUGAGUAUUCCAGUAAUUUUUGUAUGGACGGUCCAUGCAAGUCUGGAAUCAGCAAAAUCCUUCGGCACAACUCACCGCCAACUUCACGCUGGCUUUCUUAACGGCCACGAGCAACAAGGGCCACGGGAAGCUGACAGGUGGCGCCUUCUUCCUGGCCCUGGAGCAUCUGAACGCCAACCAGAGCGACGACAACAUCAGGCUACAUUUCGACUACGUCUUCAAAGAUACUAUGAACAUGGACACGAUGGCGAUGCGCGCCAUGGUGGACACCCACUGCGACAAGAACAACGUGUCUGUCUUCAUAGGACCACCUGACUUCUGUAGUAACGCCGCUGUCCUGGCCACCUCCUUCGACAUUCCUUACAUGUCCUACGACUGUAACGAGAUGCACAGUCUAACGCGCAACAUGAGCGACUACUUGAUCAUCAACGAGGAACCUUCUGGAAUUUAUGUUUCGAAGUUCAUCGUCUCCGUGCUUCAAGGUUUUGGCUGGAAGUCCUUCUGGCUCGUUGGUGGGGCCGAAGGAGUGACCAACGUAUGGGCGGACACAACUAACAUCCUCAAUUCCUUGGCUACCAGUCAUGGGUUAACCCUAAACGGCAUUAACCGCGAGCCUCUGAACGACGCUUACCAUUCUUCUAAAACCUCUAGUCACAAUCCUUAUCCUGAUAUCAUCAAUAAUUCCACAAGAAAGACACGUGUCUAUGUUUUUCUGGGAGACUAUAAUGCACUGGUGGACUUUGUGCGCGCGCUACAUGACAGGACAGGGUCCGCGAGAGGAGAGUAUGUUGUCGUGGCAUUGGACGACACGAAGCAACAACGUAAUAACAAGACCAGCUUCCUCCGUAUUGACGAGACCAAUCGUAAUGUGACCUCCAAUGACCUGGAGGUGUUCAGAAACGUGCUGCUAUUACGGAGUCUGCAGCCGACAACUGAGCAGAAGGACUUCGCCAAAUUGGUGUACGAGUAUAACUACCAGGAUCCUAUCAACUUGACCAAGGGGAUCAUUUCUGCUGUUCCGAAACUGCGCCAAGAAGCUUUCUAUAUCUACGACGCCGUGAUGCAUUAUGGGGAAGCCGUUCGCCAGCUGAUUAAAUUAGGCCAGGAUCCAUAUAACGGACAAAACGUAGUGAACACUUUGCGGAGCACCUACAGAAAAAGUAUUCAAGGUUUUAAUGUCUACAUUAACGACCGCGGUGAGAGUGAGGGUACGUACGCCUUGAUGAGCGUGGCUUCGGACAGAAGUGGAAAACUGCUCCCGUGGAUGUGGCCGGUGGGCAACUUCAAUGUCAGCUCUUACAAUGGAUCAGCUAAUUACUCCCCCGGAGAUAAAACUAUCGCCUGGAUUAACGGAAAACCAAAUCAUGAACCACAAUGUGGUUUUGAUGGCGCCAAAUGCGAGAAUAAGGACAAGCCGUGGGAGCAUCCUCUGAUGAUCGCUGGACUGGUCCUGUCGUUGGUGUUGGCUGUAGGAGCAGCCUUCCUCAUCUUCAGGCACGUGUUGUACGAGCAGCGACUGGACCGCUUGUCCUGGAAGAUCGAGUUCUCCGCCAUCGAGCUGCUGGAUGCUGGGCAGGUUCGCCAGAUGAUAUCGCCUGGAAGACCACGGAAAAAAGUCCAGAGCCGCUGGAAGGCGUUCCUGGGUUCCACGGACAUGGCGAUGGCAUCCGAGCAGGAGCGAGAGAGGAAGCUGCGCAAGGAGAGCCUGCUAGGAGCAGCCGGCAUCAAGGUUGGCGUGUACAGAGGAAGUCACGUGGCGGUGCGCAUGGUGGUGCGCAAGCACGUGGAGGUCAACCGCGCUCUGAAGAAGGCGCUGAUGAUGCGCAAGGAGAUGAACCACGAGAACAUCAACCGCUUCAUCGGCGCGUGCAUCGACCUUCCCCGCGUCUACAUCGUCAGUCAGUUCUGCUCGCGACACAGCCUGCAGGACAUCUUGAAGAACGAAGAUUCGCCUCUAGAUGACAUGUUCAUCACCUCCCUGGUGCAGGAUCUCUACAAGGGCAUGACCUUUAUCCACGAUAGUGAGUUCGGGUACCAUGGCAACCUGAAAUCCUCCAAGUGUCUGGUGGACAGCCGCUGGGUUCUCAAGAUAAACGACUUCGGUGUUGGUGCUUUGAUGGCCAGGACGUGCCUGAGCCCAGUCUUCAGGGCGACGAGUACUGUGCCGUGGUUUGAGGGUGAUUUAAAAUUCCCGCUGACUUUGGCCACAGGUCUGCUGUGGAGAGCCCCAGAGCUGCUGAGGACAGGUAUCCCACCGCCACAGGGCUCUCAGAAGGGGGAUGUGUACAGCUUCGCCAUCAUCCUGUAUGAACUCUAUGGACGUCGCGGGCCUUGGGGGGACACCAAGCUUUCAAACUCAGACAUUGUAAGGCGCCUACGGACCGAGGACUACACCAAGCAAGCCAGCGUGCCUCCCUUCAGACCCGACACCAGUGUCCUGCAGGUCAAGGCCGGGGUCGUGCCCCUCAUUCACGAGUGUUGGCACCCGGACCCUGACCAGCGGCCGGACUUCAAGAACACCAUCCGCCUCAAGCUGAAACCUCUUCAGCAGGGACUGCUCAAGUCCAACAUCAUCGACAACAUGCUCGCCAUGAUGGAGAAGCACGCGCAGAACCUGGAGGUGGUGGUGGCGGAAAGGACAGAACAGCUGUCGAUGGAGAAGCGGAUGACCGAGAACCUGCUGCUGCGCAUGCUCCCAAGGUCAGUAGCAGAGCUGCUAAAGCACGGGCAGCCUGUGGCUCCGGAGCAGUACGACCAGGUGUCCAUCUACUUCAGCGACAUCGUCGGCUUCACAGAACUGUCGGCGCAGAGUACGCCCAUGCAGAUCGUGGACAUGCUCAACGACCUCUACACGUGCUUUGACUCCAUCGUUGAGAAUUAUGACGUGUACAAAGUGGAGACCAUUGGUGACGCCUACAUGGUGGUGAGUGGUCUGCCCCUGCGUAACGGCAUGCGGCACGCGGGCGAGAUCGCAUCCAUGUCGCUGCACGUGCUGGCCGCAGUCACCACCUUCCGCAUCCGCCACCGUCCGGACGCCACGCUCAAAAUCCGGAUAGGGAUCCACACAGGUCCUUGCUGUGCCGGUGUCGUGGGGCUCAAGAUGCCGCGCUACUGCCUCUUCGGCGACACCGUCAACACCGCCUCCCGCCUGGAGACCACUGGCGAGGCACUCAAGAUCCACUGCAGCCAGGAGUGUCGAGACAUUCUUGAAGUGCUUGGCGGUUAUCACUUAAUUCAGCGCGGUCUAAUCGACAUGAAGGGUAAAGGCAAGAAGAUGACGUAUUUCCUGCUAAGCGAGGAUACCUCGCAGCGCAUGCGUCGUAUCAGUGAGGAGAGACUGAGUCCUGGAGGCUGGCGAGAACAAAGAUGUGUAUCAGCCAGCAACAUGGACUACAACGGCAAGAUCUUCUUCAUGGAGAACGGCACGGUUCGCAAGCUCAGCGGGGAUCACUACUCCAGGCACCAGCACCUGGAACUGUCCAAUGACAGCGCAGGCUGUAACCACGUGACCAGGCACAGCCUCUCCAGCAUCGCAUCUUCGGGUGCGUCUGGCACAGUCACCUCUCCCAGCAACUCGCAGAACGGUGCCGGGGUGUUCGAAGAACUGGCGGAGAUGCAGUGCCUGCUGGACAACACCCGGACUAAGACAGUCCCGGCCACCCGAUCCAGUCUCAGUAUGUUCAGUAGAGACGGUCUGGAAACUCACUUGUAGCCAAAGCUGUGCUUCGGUACUCCACUUUCGCGAUGUGAACACAACGAGAAAAAGGCGCUUGAGGAACCGGAAGUCCCGUGACUAAAGGACAUCGACGCAGUUCUUGUUGAUUCACUUCUUGUUUUGCUAGUGCCACGAUUCCAGAUAUAUUUUACAGAGUCCGAAACCUAUUGUACAUAGUAUCUGUUAUUUUUGGUUACUGUUGACAUUCUGUCAGUCCCUGCCAUAUUUAAUGGACGCCCAAAAUGUGCAUAAUAUGAAAUUAUUGCUUUCUUCUCGGCAUAUUGAUGAUAUUUAAGACUGAUUAUCACACACUUACAUCGGCAUUGACGAGGUUCUAGCCAGAUGUGUCUUUUAAUUGUACUUUCUUUCAUCGAAAGUUGGGUUUUUUUUUUUAUCUUCUCCUGGCCGCAUUUCUGUUUGUACAUUUUCUCCUCGCACCGUUUUACAUGUACAGCAUUCUGUGAUUUGAAACUCGCUAGCCUCGCGCCUUCAUGAAGACAGUUUCUAAACACAUUACUCAGUGCACUCUAUAAUUAACUGAAUAAAUAUUUUGCACGUGAUCCAUGUAAAUGUCACAUCCAGGUCAUCGUCAGCCCUUCCUGUGCAGUCUCGAGAAUCUUCCUCACUCAUUGUGGCUUCAGCGACAAACGACGGAGGAUGUCACGACAUCACGUGACAUUCACUGUCAUGUCCACCGUGACAUCGUCUGCAUGCUAAAGUGUGUGACCAUCAUGUCACAGUUUAUGAAAUGUCAUAGUAUUAUAUGUCGAAAUGGGUGAUAUGUGUGACAUAUGCUAAGAUGUGUGUAUGUCAUAGAGUGUGAUAUAUAUAUAUAUACUGUUGAAGUUUACAUGUAAUUUGUUGUUGAGAUUAUUGCCCGACUUUCAUUCUGUGAUGGCAUGAUGUCUGGGACAGGGAUAGCAGGUGUGUCUGUUCAGACAACAAGAUAUCAAAACCUUUGUCAAGAAGAAAAAUACUUAAGGUAAGGAGGGAGGGAACUGUGGUUUUCGUUGUUGCACUUUGUUUUGUAUAAAAUAUUCCUUUCUUUGGAAAUGAUAGUCAAUAUUUUGUCACAUUUUUUUCAUGUAGAACAACUUCUGCAAAAGUAAUCAAGGCGAGUGUAUGUCAAAGGGAGAAUACCAGUUGUUACCGUUAAGGGAAUCUGGAGUUAUCUACCUUCCCGCUGACUUCGACUCGACUUCUAUAUCUACCUGACAGUCGUCAAAGCCAAAGUAAUCCAACUCCACGGUCCUGUUACCUGGGACAAAAUGAUCUCAUCAAGUCAACUGUUUUAUAUGCGAAUUUCUGGAUCGCGAAUCUUGUUUGUAUUUAUUCUUCAAACAUUUAUUCUUCAGUUUCGUUUUCAAUUUUAUUUUUAGAUUUUUGUUUGCUGUAAGUGGCCAUUUGCUCACCUGUUGGCACUAUAUCCCUAUUUAUUAUCCAGAUACAAACAAUAAUUGUAGAAGCAACGAGGUGGCUAAAAUGAUUGUCUUUCGUCUGCCCUGUUGUAGGCCUGUCGAGUCGAUGACUAGUUCCACACUUAUCUGUUCUUUUUAUUUAGUUAGACUUUCACGCUAAUUAAUUUUAUUUAAUUAGACAUUCACGCUAAGGUCAAAGUUAAUUGACAUAAUACUCGAAUGUGCUUCUCUGAGGGGCUGCUUCUACAGUUUCGACAUGAAUGUCAGUUUAGAAGAAAAACAGGAUAGAAAGAAGGAAAUCAUUUAUCUAAAGCAGGCAGAUGACUGCUUACAGCACUUUCCUCUUUUCUUCUCUCCUAGCAUGGAAAAGUAUUCUAAAAUUUAUUAUUAUUAUUAUUAUUAUUAUUAUUAUUAUUAUUAUUAUUAUUAUUAUUUACAGCGUGAUUAUGUCGCCUUUACAGAGGCACUACACUGUGCACUCACUCAGUGCCUCUUCUAUGCUCUACGUGUCAACGGCAUAGUAAUUAAUAAAUGGAUGUACACUGUAUAUCAGAGUGUUUACUAAGCUCAUAUGCCCAAAAUCCAAGAAGUCACAUACUUUUACAAAUGUUGCACUAUGCUUGCAUUAUCUACCUUUUUUUAGUGUAACAUCUGGUCAAUGUUUAAAGAAAAAGUCAUGGAGAAGGGCAAGUUGGUUUCUAUAGAAACUGGCUUUCUGCACUGUUUGUCCGCAAAAUAUUGGGCCGCAAAACAAUCGUUAAUUACAAUUGAGUUUUAAAACAACAUUAGAGCCACAAAAAGAGGAUGUCAUGCUGUACUGUCGAGUGAUGUCAAUAAAACCAUCAGGUAUGGGAGUUAAAAGAGCAGUGGGGUGAACACUUCUAAUGAAUGGGUAAAGCUCGGCUCCAGCUGGUAUUUCUUUCAGUUCUCGAGCUACACGCCCACAAAUAUAAUCAUGCACAGAAAGAGACCAACAGCUCAUACAUCUGGUAUGUACAUAGAUACCUUACUUUAUAAAGGUCUCAGCAGGACCAUCUGUUAAACACACGUAUCUGUGUACAAAUGAGUGGUCAUGAUGUUGAACUCUUGCUUGUUUGGUAAUGUUUGGCGAUUGCUUUCUCGAGAAGGGAGGAUUUGGAAUGUACCAGAUUUAGGUGGGUAACUUCUUAUUUUCACUUUUAUCCAAUAAUUACACCUAUUACUCCUUGAACUGACAGUAUCCUAAGCGAGUUCGUCAAAACGCUGAAACCCAGGGCUCGGCGCAAACACAUUUUGAAUAUUGAAAACAUUUAAGUCUGCAGUUUAUUUAGUUUUACAGAAAGCUUUGAAACGCAGUUUUAAAACAUUGUAAACUAAAAUCAUUUUUUUUUUAAGUUUAAUUAGGAUUUUCGCCUCCAUUAGAACACCCUGGUACAAAAAAACAACAACAACAACAACAACGGCGGCUCCCAUUGAAAAUAUAAUUAUAACAUAAUAUUUCAAUGUCGCAGAUGCAUGCUUUGAUGUAGCAAACGUCGAAGACGUUGUCUGGAUAAAGAUCUCUGUGAGAAUGAAGAAGAGCAUUGCAAAACUGAAUGCACCUCCUUGUUUCCUUGUUUGAUUACUUGCGUUGAGACCAGUCCCCUUCAUCUCUCCAUUUUAUUUUAUUUGUUUGGUCACGUGCUAGAGUCGGUUUGCUUUCGCCAAAGAGUAUGUAAACAUGGCGGUGCACAUAAAUCGUCCCGAAGCUGUGUUUUAGAUGCUGUUGUGUGUAUUUGAUUCCUUGGCAACCUGACAUUUUUAGAAGACAGCAUUCAAAACCUUAGUACCUAUUAUUUAAGCUCACAUUGACAGCUGUACCUUUCGAAAUGAUGGGUUUGUAAAAAAAAAGUUAAAUCUUAAAUUUUUCUGUCUUGCUCGAGUUUGGCCAGAUCGCAUUGCGAGGAUAAAAUUGGACAAAUCCGAUGCUUUCUCAAUAGCUCAUUAUUUUCACCAACUGAAAAAGUACAGAGGACACUGGUUUAUCAGGUGCAAAUGUUGAAAUUCAUCCACGUGAUAUCCCUGUCUUACAUGUGUUAACAUAUUUACUCAUCGUUAGAGCUGCAGCUCGUGUGGUGCCAGUCCACGUGACUUGUUAGAACUGAAUAUUGUAAAAAGGUGAGAGCAGGACUCACGACAGGUUUUCACCGAACUAUCACUGAUAUGAGUGAAGACUAAACAAGGUUCAAAGCGAGAGGAAUAGUUUUCUGUGGAAACAUUGGUGACUAGUGUUUGUGAGCGUGCGUGCGUGCGUGUGUUCCUAUGUGCAGGUCUUGUAUUUAGGUGCAAUGUGCAUGUGGGUGCAAAUUGUGUGUGUUAGUGUGUGCGUGUGCGUAUAAUUCAGGACCAAUCAGGUAAAUUGAACUUUCGACUGAGUGAAGACACGAGGGAAAAAACCAUGCUUAAAAUGUUACUCAAUCUGCAGUUCUUCUAUUUUUGGGGGGUAGUGGUAAGUUGGGGUUUGACAAGUAUUUUUCUUGUUACUUUGUUCGUCUUCAGAAGUUAGUCGUUCCGUGCGAAUAUUUAAUGUUUCCACCCAUAUGACCACUGAACUGUGCCUUUGUCAGUACUAUACUUCUCAUAAAAAUUCUCAGAAUUAAAACAAAUCCCUUACCCUC